AUGCUGGCCUGGCCUUUGCAGACUGGCGGGUAUGAUCUCAACCUCUUCACCAGCCCUCCUGACUGCAACUUCCUGUGCUCCGUCUGCCACGGGGUUCUUAAGAGGCCAGUAAGGUUGCCAUGCAGCCACAUCUUCUGCAAAAAGUGCAUCCUCCGGUGGCUAGCCAGACAAAAGACCUGUCCGUGCUGCAGGGUAGAGGUGAGGAGGAGGAAGAUGGUCCAUGUGAAUAAACUCCAGAGAACCAUUGGCCGCCUAGAAGUCAAGUGCAAGAACGCGGAGGCUGGCUGCUUGGUGACCUGCCCUCUAGCCCAUCGCAAGGGGCACCAGGACUCAUGCCCGUUUGAGCUAAUGGCCUGCCCCAACGAGGGCUGCACUGCACGGGUGCUACGUGGGACCCUGGCCGAGCACCAGCGGCAGUGCCAGCAAGGUGCCCAGCAGCGUUGUCCCCUGGGCUGUGGGGCCACCCUGGACCCUGUAGAACGUGUGCAGCACAACUGCUACCGCGAGCUGCGCGACGCCUGGAGCGAGCGCCAGCAGCGCAGCCGGCCCCUGUUGCUAUGCGUGCUGCGACAUGUGCGCCAGGUGCACCGCGCCACCAACCUCAUCCGCGGGCAGCUGGCCCAGCUCGGCAACUUCCUGGAGGACGAUGCCCUGCUCCUGGGCACCCCGCAGGAGGAGGCCAAGGCCACCCCGGAAGGCAAUAUUGGGGCUGAGGAGUCGGGGCCCAGGGCCACAGUGCCUUGUAAAUAGAGAAUAAACGCGGAGCCCAGGCCUGGCCCGCCUCGCCACCUCUGUGCCUGCUGGCCUCACUCUGCCACAUUUGCCGCCGCCCCUUGCGACCCAUCCAGGUACUCCUUCCUUCUCCAGCCAGGGACACUUUGAAAGCCUCUCUCCCUCGGACUCUUGAGUUCUUUCCCAUCACUGGGUCUUUGCUCUUCUCUUCCCCCUGCCUGGAAAGCUCUUCCAUUUGCCUGCUUUCUCCUUUUCACUCAAACGUCUCUCCUCCUGUUAGAGGUUUUCCCCAACCAUCCUCUCCCUGUCCACUCUCCCGUUACUUCCUCUCAGUGUGUUUUACCAGUUUCAUAACCAGCAGCACAAACGGCUCAGAACCUUGAACUCAGAGUAAAAGCCAACUCCUCACAAUGGCUUACGAGGAGCCCUCCUGACCUCUGCCCUCUUGCGCCUAUAUUCUCUUCACCCACUGCCUGCAGUCACGCCGUCUUCUGUUGCUCUUCCUAAGCGCCAGGCACCCCCAAGCCGCUCUUGGCCUGAAGCCCUGCUCCACGAGCUUCAACGUCACUGCAGGCGUCCCCUUCUCAAUGAAGCCUCCUCUACCGCACCACUGAAAACUGCCCUCGCUGCAUCAUUUGCUGGUUAUUUCCAGAGCAGCAACCACUUAUUGUAAUAAUACCC